AUGGAAACGGGAGGAAAACAACGGUUUAUGUGUGCUGGCACGGACGCGGGCCGAAUUCCAAAGCGCUGCGGCCGACUACGUACGUACCUGGAAAAAUUGUCUCUUCUGGGAUGUUGCAAGGGAAGAUGCAAUGGAGGCGACACACAGGAACGGCGAGAGGUGCUAAACCGCAGAUUUUGGGAUGCCCGCGUUACGAUGCUGUGGGCUUGUGUUCGUCGGUGUGCUGCGAAUUUAAGAAAGACAUGGUGGCCUAGACUGAAUCGUGGUGUCCGUAUUGGAGCUAUCACCACGCUCUCACUACAUCUUUCUGUCUGUAAAACACUACCGUUGCUUGGUGGUAUUCCAGGGCAAGACUGGUGUAUCAAUACCUACUCUUUGGCCUCAACGUCAUUACCAGAGCAAUCCGGAGCAUCAGUUUCGUGUUUUUGGGUGUGGGUUUUCACUCUAGCAUGUAUCGCUCUUAUUACCUUCAUUCUUUUCCCUGUUCUGAGUUUCGGCGCCGCUCUGGGCCGCUCUAUGUGUCUGCUCGUUUUCCUUGUCAUCCUUUCGUGGCUCUCGGUCAUGCGCCUGCCCAUGACAUACAAAGUCUCUCCCUUCGUCACUGACGUCAAUACGUAUAGCAUGACUGGCUUUGCAUACGUAUACAUCCCCUAUACUGCAGCCGCCCUCAUCUUGGCUCAGCAGCAUCGUGCCUUUGAUACGGAUCUCUACACUGGUUUGAAAUAUAUCGGCGACUACAGCUUAGGUAUUCUGACAGCUUCCCUCGUUGGGUGGGCACUUUUCGCGCUUCAGGUGGCUCUGCCACCUUGGAGCAGCCAGCGACAGAACGUGCGCCUAGAGUUAAGUAGGAUAAUGUGUGAUGUGCGCGACAAUCUGUCCAACAUCUCCCACGUCUUCGGCGAACUGCGUCAGUGCCUCUUGAUGAAAGAAGGCGACGAUUCAGAAAAGAGCUACGAGAAGCUUAAAGCGACUUCGCAGGCAUUGCAAGAGAGUUGUCAAAGCAUGUACCGAGCAAUUGGCAGGCAGACGAGUCUCCGUGUUGCCAUCGUUGCCAGCAGUACGGAGCCGUAUUUCAUGUAUCCGGGUCCUGGGGUAUUCCUUUUUCCGUUUUUUGCACGCUGCUUCGAGGUCCUAAUCCACAAUUGCAUGACCAUAAUUACUCUCUCUCGAAACAUUCAUAUCAUAUGUCAGGAUCUUGUCCAGGUGCGUGUGGGGGGUCACGAUACUCUAGCAGAGAUCUUACACCGAACGGAGCCGCUUCUGGACACUACGGUUAAUGCGUACACAUUGUGUGCGGCCCUUGUUCUUGUUCGUCCGUCUUCUUUCAAGCGGGCAGCGUUUCAAGAAAGGAUCCAUAGUGGACUGGAGCUCCUCGCCGAUAUUGAUAAGAACGUCGGGGAGACCUUCAACGUUUUGCGUUCUCCAAGCAUGCAGCUUACUACAAGGCAGCAAACCAUUUGCGACGAUGUUUCUGUUUGCCUUCGGAGGCUCGUCAGUCGCGCUUCUUUCUGCAGCAAUGCGAGCGCUAUGUCCGACCAAAGUGCGGCAUUGUCUUCUUUCUCCGUCAGCAUGCCGAACUCGUUUGCGGAGCCAUUGUUCGCAAGUCAUGCGGCGCCCCUGCACACAGGAACUACAGACCAUGCAUCACAAGCUUCUGGCAGCCUCUUCGUGCCGCAGAUUGUGGACUAUCGUGCAGCCAAUGCAUCUGCAGGUGCCGUGUUUCGCAUGGAUGCUCCUGCCGCUGUUAACUCAGGCGUUUCCUCCCAGGCAUUUUCGUCUCCUAUGCCGGCUAGCGUGCCCGUUUCUGUGACUGGGAAGCGAUGUCUGAGAGGCAGCGAUGCCACAGCUGGCAGGCGCAGAUCGUCUAGCAGCUCUAUCUACCAAUCAAUACCCAGUCCGCGCGAACACGUAAAUGACGCUGGUCUGGCCAGCGAGGAUGAUCCGCAUUUUAAUGGUACUCACCGUUUUGCUGAAGCGCCCCAACAAGGAAACGGACUGCCGCAGACAUGGGAAACACAACGAGAUGAGACUUCCUCCGGGAGGUGGCGGGAAGCCAGACUUUCAUUUGCAGAUCAAUUCGUGCCUGGUUUGCCAGAGCCUGAUCUGCUGCUGCCCGAACAUGAUGUGACGGCGGAUGUGCCAUACCCCGACCUGCAGCAAGUGGGGCUGGAAGACAGUGGUAAUGCUUUCAUCAGCCGACAUGUGAAACCGAGUACGAGUGGAAGUUUCCGAGUAAAUCACAGUGAUGUGGGAAGACCAUCAAUGUCAGCCACCAGCCAAAAGAGCUAUCGCUCUGGAAAUUGUAGCAGGCGUGGAGCUAUGUCUCCAUCGGUGCUGAGCAGCACCUCACUCGCGGAUGCCAAUGCCGUUUUGAAGGACAUUUGCGGCGGUGGUGAAGGCUUUGAUGCUGGCAGUGAGGUCGGAAGCCAUCGAAGUUCAUCGACUCCUCGGUCUCCGGACGACCAUGACGACGCCGCAUGUAAACUCCCCGAGCCGGAAACGAGCAAAUAUUCAGCUCGAGUAUCCGACCGGAAGAACGAAGAUAUUUUGCAAAAAACCGCUGAGGCAAACGGAGACAUCGGCUGGCCGUGGCUAGACGAGCGUUCUCCGUGGACACUUGCACGUCAAACUUUAGAUCAGCCUGAAUAUGUCGACGUGUCGAGGACGAAUCGAGGCUUGGGUGAAGCGACAGAGAAACUGCGGCAGGAGAUGAGGCUCUCAAAGUUGAUCGUGUCGCUGUAUCAGAUCUGUGCAUUCGAUACGCAAGAGCUGUGCAGCACGGUUAGGGGAGUGUGCAUUGCGGUCAUGACUCCGUCAUGGCAAGGCGCUCGGCAGAAUCUGAAGAUGAUGACGCUGUCUCUAGGAAUGGUAUUUGUCCAACUGUUUGUCGGCCUGCGAGGCCUCAUGCGCCCAGAUAAAUGGAAAUGGAAGGGCAACGAUGCGUUUUAUUGCAAUGUCGAGAUCGUUCACUGUGUCAAGCUCAUUGGUGGACUUGGCUUCCUAUUUGGAUGCUGCCUAUUCUAUGGAAAGCAGAUCGACCACUUUCUAGGAGGUCUGGCGGUGACUCAGGGUCCGCAUACCGCAAAACAAUGGGUCAUUCUCGGUUUCCUGUGUGCGCACAGUUUCACGUAUGAGGGCAGUACGAAUAAAGGACUAAAGCGCGCGGUGGGAACCAUGCUGGGUGGCCUCGCCGUGGAGCUUGCUUUGGUGGCAACAACAAAUUACCUGGCGAUUUUAGCUUUCGUAUUCGUUUCGAUCACUCUGGCAGUGUUCAUUUUCGCAAGCCCGACCGACCCUGCAAGCGAGUAUGACCGCGAGUUUGGAUAUAUCGGUCAGGUCUUCAUUUGGACAAUCACUUUCGUCCUUUCUGUGAUAUGGACCUAUGAAGGCACCAUUCCGUACCCAAAGCUACGAGACACUGUGGUGCGCAGUCGCGUGACCGGCAACCUCGUAGGUAUUGGCUUUUCGGUGAUCAUUAGUUACGUCCCUCCGGCCUUCAGCGCGGAAACAUGUGCACGAACACACUGCGCCACGCUUCUAAAAACAUGCCGUCGAUGCACAUUUCUACUAAAUGCAGCGUUUUUGAGUCUCACACAAGUGCCCGAUCCCAGCGAAUCAGGCAACGCCGAAAGCGGUGCAACUGGUUGCAGUUUGGCGUACUCUAAGAGCACUGACUCAUCGUUUCCGUGUAAUCCGCCGUCCCCCAUUACAGCGCCGAACAGAACGUUCCAAUGGGCCAGGUUCUGGAAAUUCGGGUGUCGGGGCAAGCGCCUUAGCAAACACGAGUGGCAUCGACGACGCCGACGACAAACGAAACGGACAGGACUUCCCGAGUUUCAUGACUUCAUUCUUCAAGCAGAGGAGCUGCUACGACAUCAUUCGACCCGCCUGCUUGUAGUCGGUCGCAUGCUGUACGAAGAGGGAGCCUCCAGUCCACAUUCGCCGUUCUGGAGAGUAGACCCUGGUGUGGGGGAAAUCAUGAAUAAAGUCGAAUAUUUGAUCAUGGCUGUGGUGGAUACGGUAGACAACUUAUGCCACCUGGCACUCACUUCCGACCCGGGGCUCGCGUUAUUUUUAAAUGGAGGUCAACCAGAAGGCGGCACCUCGUGGCUGAGUGUGGUGCAGGAGGACCGGCGCAACUGGGGAGUCCUUCUUCGCUGCCGGUCAGGCAAAGCCUUACAACUGAAUCUUUUUCGGAUGAUAAAGGCGCAGUCAAGAUGUUUUAUCUGGCUUGCCAAGGAAAUCACCGCUGCUAUGCUGAAUCCUGUUGACAGAGCUAUAUCCUUCGACUGGUGUCAGUUCCAUGCGACGGUUCCGCGGAAGUAUCUGCUAGCUGCGCAGGGAUAUGCUCGUGCACGAUUCAGAGUCGAGCGUUACAACAGCCGCAUCUACGAGUGUUUGACACUUUGCGGAAAGGAACUUCAAGAGGCAGGCGCAUUUAAAAUGGACGAAUGGAAGACUGCAAUUUUCAGCGUCCUCCUCAUCGUGGAGAAAUGCGACAAUAGGACGUACUUUAUGGAUGAGCUGCACAGGUUUCAGGCGACGAGUGUAUACCGGACAGUGUACGGGGAAAACAACCCCGACGCAGCGCGGCAAUUGGUUGGCUCAGCAUCCUUCUUUGACUACCUCAGCAGUCUCGGAAGCGGCAGCGUGUACCAGCAUCAGGCAGCGAGGAGUCACACUCUCAGCCACGGUCGGUCCUCGGAAAACUCGACUCUACGGUAUUUGGAGAAGACAUUGGCCUCUGGAAGAUCGGUAGAGCUUCCGUCACAACUACAGUAA